CUUAAUGGAUAUUUUCAUUGGUUGGUUAUCUCGUCCAUGUCAGAUUUGACACAGGAUACACACAGUGGGAAAAUCUGAUGCAUUUAAGCAAAGUGUUGAGCCACUAAAUAACUAUAUUAAAUGCUUUAAAAGGAUUGAUUAGGUGAUCAUCUAAACAAGUCAAGCCCUGUUUGUGACAAAAGUUCAACCUGACACGAAGCAAUGGAAGGACGUAAAGAUAUCUUAUACAUUACUGCGGUGAUUUUUCUAUUGAACAUAGACUAUUCCAGAUCAGUAGAACACUACAGUUUGAGCUAUAAUUACUUUGAUGAGAUAGCUCAGUCCUAUUGUGCUUCGAGGAGUCUUGGUCGGGUGUUUGCAAUUAGGAGAAAUUGUGCUAAUGCGCCGACAUGUUUGACCAUGUGUGCAAAUGCUAAACUCUCCAUUCUGAGAUCUAUCUCUUAUUUAAGACAGAGCGUGAAAUGUUAUGAUGCAUUCCAAAUAAGAAAGAAUCAUCCCCUUCUAAAAGCAAACCCUGGAGUAGACCAACCUGAUUCUGGAAAAGUUAAUAUGGUUUCAUACGGAUACGGCUCUGGAGGAUGCACAUGGAGACCUAAUCACUGCGGACCGAACUAUUGUUGCUGCAAAGCUUUUUAAUAAAAACAACAGACAUAUAUAUCUUUGUAUAUUUUCAGUUGUACUUUUUUUUUCAAUUUUGUUUAUUUGUUUGUUUUGUGUUUUGUUGUUUUGCUGUCUUUUUGCUUAGACUUUAUACUAUAUAUUUUAUGAAUUAAAGUCUCGCGUGAUGAUGUGCUUUUAAAUUGGCUGAAAUGUCCCUGUCAUCAAUAUGUCUUAUAUUUUCCUUAUGUCUUAUAUGAUAUAACUAUUUUUGUAACAAGUAAGGUGCUUUGGCUCGAGGAAGUAAGGCUUCUGUAUUUAAGCUACACCUCAUUAAUAAUGCAUUGAAGAAUUGACAUUGUUGUGAUAUAAGCAUGUACCCAGCCACAAGUCUAAAGCAUUUAGGCAGUCUUGAUAUAGACUGUAUAAGAUUGAUAUUUAGUUUUAACUAUCAUAAUGGGAUGCGCACAGCAAGAAAUUGCAGAGAGCUGAUAGUAAAAUGAUUCUUAUAAAUGUAAUAUAUCUAUAUAUAUUUCUUAUAACAUUCAUUAAAUGGCCAAAAAAAUG